AUGAAGUUUAUCUCUGCUAUAACAACUCUUAUUACCCUUUUCUCUACUAUCUCCAUAGUCUCUGCACAUACUUCUAUGCUUUACCCUCCGGUUCGUGGUCAUCCUAAAAACCCAAAUGCUGCCGUCAAAGAUUUUGAUUGCAUUAUUGCUCCAUUAAAUGGUGACGGAGGUUGUAAACCUAAACCUUUUCCAUGUGGUGGUUACCCUGUUGACAGCCAAAUUGUAACUACCUUUAAAGCCGGUCAAGUAAUUGAUGUUAAAUUCUUUAAUCCUAAUUUCCCUGAUAUAAAAACCGCUGACCCAAGCAGAGAUCAAGCUCGUCAUAAUGGUGGAUUAUGUGAAUUUGCUUUAAGUUAUGAUGGUGGAAAAACCUACACAGUUAUCGCAACUUAUCAUAAAACUUGUCCAGAUAUCUUUUUUGAGAAUUGGAAAGUCAAAAUUCCCGAAAAUGCCCCAUCAUGUGAUAACCCUGGAAAAUGUAUAUUCUCAUGGAGUUGGAUUAAUGCAGUUGGUAAUCGAGAAUUCUACCAAAAUUGUGCCGAUAUUAAAUUAAUUGGUAAUUCUACUGAAGCGCUGCCAAUUAUUGAUAUCACAAGGGCCAAUUUACUCCCAGUCUUCACUAAUAUUAUUACUCCGGAAGGUGACCCGCUAAAUUCAGGAAAUGCUAAAGGUUCUGGCCCAUUACCUGAAGAUGUUAAAGCUAAUUUGGCAUUGAAAAUUGGUCCAGAUUCCAAAAAAAAUAAUCCGAAUGAUGGAGCAAAUAAACCAUCAGAAUCAAAUGCAACCUGUCCUGAUUCUGAUAAUGGUAAAAUGACUUGCGUAAACGCUGGUGCUUCUAGUGACUUUGCUACAUGCUCUAAUGGCAAACAAGUAAUUCGACAAUGUCCCGGGGUUUUG